GCCGUUGUUACGAACGAAACAAAUGAUAGGACGCACUAAAACAGAGACCGUACCGCAGCUGGAACCCUAGCGAGCGAGCAAUUCCCCAAAUCGCCGCUAAUGCCAUACCCGAUCCGUACCUGACGGCGUCGCCCCGGCGGCCCGCCUCCGCCCGCGGCCCGCCUCCAACUCCGCCUCCGCUUCCUCCGGCGCGUCAUCCCGGGGUCGUCGGGCGACCCCCGGAGCUCCGUCCCGUCGGCCUCCGCGUCGGGGCCGCCUGGUCCCCGCUCCGUUUCACCGAAAUCGGGCCGCUGCUCGCCUGGUCCCCGCGGCGCCAGCUGUGACGAGUUAAACUAUUUGCACGAUGAGAGUAGAGGACAAAAAAAGAUCCCUAACAGUUGCCCCCUUUGAGUGCGCUUGGGGCGAGGAGUUCCGGUUUGUGGAGGCUGGGCGUGGGUGCAUUGCGUUUGAGGCAUCUGCCCAGAAUGAUGUUACCCUGGUGUUCCGUGAACAGCUUGGGAGCCAACACUACCACUACAAAAUGGACAGCAGUCGUCAUUACGCUGUCAUCUUGGGUAGCCAUAGGAACAAAAGGUUGAAGAUUGAAGUGGACGGAAGGACCGUUGUCGAUGAAGCUGGAGUCGGCCUAUGCCGCUCAUCAUCUUUCCAGAGCUACUGGAUCAGCAUCUACGAUGGCUUGAUAAGCAUUGGACAAGGAAGGCAUCCAAACAACAAUGUCCUUUUCCAGUGGCUUGACCCUGAUCCCAACCGAAAAGUUCAGUAUGUCGGUUUAUCCAGCUGGGACAAGCACGUGGGCUACCGAAAUAUAAGCGUGCUUCCAUCAGCUCCUCAAAACAGCAUCCGUUGGAGCCAAAUUGAGUAUGCAUAUGCUGAGCGGCUUGGGGAAGGUGGUCAUAAUAAAAAUGAAGAAUCAAAAGAUGGCUGUGAUCAAAGGGUAAUUGCAGACUUUCUUGAGAGCUGGGAUUUCUCUGAUGCUAUGUUUGUUGUUGGCAGUGAAAGAAAGGUUGUCCCUGCACACAAAAUCGUCUUGGCUGCUUCUGGAGAGUUUGCUUUUAUCUCAAUGAGUGGAACUGCCAUCGAGCUUCCGUCAUUCUCCUACCCAGUUCUCCGCUCGUUUCUUGAGUAUAUCUAUACAGGGUCUACUCAGAUUGCGGAGUCGCAACUGAAUUCACUGCUGGAGUUGAGCUUAAAAUUUGAAGUUAAACCUUUGGUAAAACAUUGCGAAGAAAUGCUCGACUGUUUUACUAAGUUGGACAAUGAUCUCUCUGUGUCUAGUAGAGACUUAGAAGUAUCAAGUAGUGGAUCUCAAGCUCAUCAAGUUGACUAUUUCCCUUUCAAGGCUCCAGUGAGUGUUCAGAAAAUCAAACAAUUCCUUGCAAGUGGUGAACAUAGUGAUAUAAAUAUCUUUAUUAGUGGACAAGGUUUUGUUGCCAAGGCUCACAAACUCGUCCUUAGCUUGUGGAGCAUGCCAUUCGCCAAGAUGUUCACAAAUGGGAUGAAAGAAAGCAGUGCUCCGAAUGUAUUUUUCGAAGAUGCUUCUGCUGAAGCAUUUUCUCUCCUCCUUCAGUUUAUGUACAGUGGGGAACUUAAAGUGGAUAACCGGUAUGUCACACCUGCAUUGGUUCAGCUGCUCUUAUUAGCAGAUCAGUUCAGCAUCACUGUUCUUCAGUUUGAGUGCUGUAAAAGAAUUAUGGAAUUCCUUUCAGAGGAUACGGUAUGUUCAGUAUUGCAAGCAGUGUCAUCAAUACCAUCUUGUAAACUGCUUGAAGAAAUGUGCAAACAGAAUUUUGCAACGCACUUUGAUUAUUGCACAACUGCCUGCACGGACUUUGUGCUGUUAGAUGAGGCAACAUUUAAGGAUAUUCUUCAGCAAGGUGAUAUGACUGUGACAUCGGAAGAGAAGGUUCUGGAUGCCAUCUUAACAUGGUGUAUGGAGGCUUGUGAAACUUUUUACUGGAGUUCUGUAGAUAAGCUAUUAAGCACUUCAACACCAGAGCAGCUCUUUGGAGAGAGGCUGACCGCUAUCAAUACUUUACUACCAUUUGUGCGGUUCCCUUUAAUGCCGCCGUCUCUCCUUCAGCGGAUGGAGAAAAGUAACCUAGCAAAGCACAUACAACUGUUCAGACAGUUGGUUGCAGAAGCCAUUGAGUUCUCUAAUGCUGGUCCAUGGAUGAUGAUGGCAAACAAAUGUGAGAGAUUUCUACAUAGACGCUCAAGCUAUAGAGAGCUUCAGUAUAUUUCUGAUGGUGAUAACAAUGGUGUAAUCUACUAUGCUGGGACGUCAUUCGGGAAGCAUCAAUGGAUCAAUCCUGUUUUAGCCAAGAAUAUCACUGUGACAGCAAGCAGCCCAAAUUCAAGGUACACGGAUCCAAAGGCUCUGGUUUCAAAAAAUUACCAGGGGACUUGUUUUGCUGGGCCUCGUGACGAAGAUGGAAAGAAGUGUUCUUGGUGGAUGGUAGACAUUGGACAGGACCACCAGCUUAUGUGCAACUACUACACGGUGAGGCAGGAUGGCUCAACAGCGUUCAUGAGAUCUUGGGUUCUUCAGGGAUCCAUGGAUGGUGAGAACUGGACAAGCCUCAUCGUCCAUGAGGACGAGCGGGCCAUCUGCCAGCCAGGGCAGUUUGCGUCGUGGCCGAUCACAGGCCCAUCAGCGCUGUUGCCGUUCCGGUUCUUCCGGCUUGCUCUGACAGGGCUGACAACCAGUAACACUUGGAACCUCUGCAUCUGCUUCCUGGAGCUCUACGGCUACUUCCGCUAGACAGAUGGAGACAGGUCUUGUGUAAGAUGUUUUCUCGUUUUUUUUUCAAAGUAAAAACUGUACCAGAUGUUACAAAAGACAACACUGUAUGUAUCACUGUUUACACACAACACAAACACCUCUUGCUUUGAGUUACACACACUGGUAGAAGCAGGUGGUACAUAGAGUUCAUAAAAGGACACUUGUAAUAAGCUGGAAUAGAAGUUUUCGCAAAAAAAAAAGAGGUUGGAAUAAAGGUUUGUUUAUUUGGCUUCUCCCUAGUUGCCGUGGUGAAUAAUUGUAAAACUUGAGAAUGCUGUCUGAAAUGUAAGAUGCAUACAACUUUAA